UGCGGAGGUGCCUCUCCUGGCUCGGUAAGUCCUCUCUUCUUCUCUUUCUCCCUCCGGAAACCUGGCUGCAGCUGGCCGGGGAGGCCCGAUUAAAGAGGAGAGGGCAGUGCUCACAGGCCUGGGCAGGUGUCCACAAAAUAUGAGGGGCCACCCCUCUCUGCUGCUGCUAUACCUGGGAUUGUCCACCUGCCUGGAUACUUCACCCAGUGGGGAGCAAGACCAAGAAGUCUUCCUGGGCUUCCCGGAGGCCCAGAGCUUCCUGCGUGGCCGUCCUCGGAUUCCAAGAGCCAAUCACUGGGACCUGGAGCUGCUCACACCAGGGAACCUGGAACGGGAGUGUCACGAGGAGAGGUGUUCCUGGGAAGAGGCGAGGGAGGUCUUUGAGGACAAAGCUCUGACGGAGCACUUCUGGGAAACCUACAUCUACAAUGGCAAAGCAGGGCGUGGAAGAGUGGAUGUGGCAGGACUGGCAGUGGGACUGACAUCUGGCAUCCUGCUCAUUGUCCUGGCUGGCCUGGGAGCCUUUUGGUAUCUGCAUUGGCGACGACGACAACGCCGCGGCCAGCAGCCCUGUCCCCAAGAGUCCGGGCUCCUCAGCCCUCUGGAUUCCUUAAGCCCUCUGGGCCCACCGACACCCCCGCUUCCACCCCCGCCUCCAGGUCUCCCCACCUACGAGCAGGCGCUGGCAGCCUCUGGGGUGCACGACGCACCUCCGCCCCCCUACACCAGCCUGAGGAGGCCUCACUGAAGAGCUGCUUCGGAGCCCCGGCUCUCCGAACCGUGCCCCUGAUUCACACCGGAUUCAGGAAGCCCCCAGGCCUCUGAGACUCCGGAGCUGAACUUGGGGGUGGUGGGAGUAGGGGUCUCCCGGGCAGAGGCCUACCCUGGC